AUGCUGCUUUUCCGGCUCUGGGUCCUGGGCUUCCGUCUUUCCGCCGGCCAGAUUGAUUUCCCAGGUCAGCCAUCAGGCGCAUACAAUGCGGUCGUUGGUCGACUAGGGCAGUCGCAGCUGCCCAACCUCACGGCAGGCUAUGGAGGCUACAACAUGUCGGCUCACACAAACCUUCAAUAUGGAGGCGACGCAGGGAGCAUUGUGCGCCACUCCAUCCAGACAGCGCAUGACAUUACAGGUCGGAUCCAUGCCAUGAUCGCGGCGGGGGCCCACAGAGGCAUGGACUUUGCAUGA